CCUCCUCAAACCGCCGUCCCGCAAUCAGCCAUGGAUCAGGUAAUGCAAUUUGUUGAGCCAAGUCGGCAGUUCGUAAAGGACUCAAUUCGGCUGGUUAAAAGAUGCACCAAGCCCGACAGAAAAGAAUUCCAGAAGAUUGCCAUGGCCACAGCCAUAGGAUUUGCUAUCAUGGGAUUCACUGGCUUCUUUGUGAAACUGAUCCAUAUCCCUAUUAAUAACAUUAUUGUGAGUGGCUGA